UCAAAAUAAAAAUAGGUACAUUUGCGAUCCAACUAUAACCUAAACUGAUAAGUAGGAAAUCAUUUAAAAUAUUAAUGACUUUUUGACAAUAAUUAAAUUUCGGUAUGAGUGUGUUGAUAACUAAAAUUUUUACGUCGUCUUUGAGGUGUAUAUCUGCUAGAACAGUUAUUUGUAAUACAUUUGGCGAUUCUGUACCAGUGAUAAAUAAAUUUCUUUUCAAUAAAAAUGAUAUUUUUCGCAUUAGACAACAAGUUUCUCGAAGCUAUUCUAAUGACACGAUACUACCAACGUCUAUGGCUUUGGACAAUACAAGUUUGCCAUUGAAAAAGAAAACUGUCCACAAAAAAACAUUACUCGAAGAUGUGUCGCACAAAGAAGGCCAUUAUUUAACUUUAGCAUACGCCACAGCAAAUAAUUACGAUUUGAAAGCUUUAAGAGAAGGACUGGUUAAUCAGAAGUUAUAUGAACCAGAAACUUUAAAAUCCCAAGAUCUAGGUGAUGUGGUGGUCGCCCAUGCUGUUUAUUCUAUUGGACAUGAACCGCGUGAGAUCAUAUUCUUCCGCGAAGGUGCUGUCGUAUUUUGGAAUUGUACAGAACUUGAAGCUAAUAAUGUUCUAGAUUUUGUCAGGCCAUUUGAAAUGGGGAGCUACCCAAACGAAGUAGUCAACAAGGAAAGAGAAGUGAUGACAUAUGAUCUUAAGAUUUCAUGCAGCUUCCCAUUGUGGUUCGUAAGCUGGGUGAGCUUUUCUCUCUCCGUCACCAGCUGUGCUUGGAGUCAGACCUGUUGGAUACACUGGACUUCUACUGGGAAGAGGAAAGGCUCGAGCGCCUCUACUCACACACAGUCGCAUACUUCACCAUACCAAGACGUACACGGGUGUUGAACGAGCGUCUCUCCCAUUGCGUUGAGUUGUUGGAACUGUUAUCCAGCUGGGCGGCUGAUCGUCACCACGUGCGCCUGGAGUGGAUGGUCAUCGCUCUCAUCCUGGCCGAGGUCUGAUUGUAGAUUAG